UAUACGAUGAAAGUCCUUUGAGACAACUGGAUUUUAUUUAUUCAGAAUAAAUUUAUUUGUAGUUUAUGAUUUCAACACUUAUUUUACGCUAUGUUUGAUGAGAUUUAAUCAUGGUUAAGUUAAAUUUCUAGAAGUGUUCAGUGUUACUGUCAGAAAUAUUGGUAUUUGGUCAUAACUUCUUAUCAUUGAAAACAUAACUCGGUAAUGAAAUUAAAAGAUUAUAUUUAGAAUUAGAUAUUAGCGAAAGAUUAGCACGUUGAACGAAUGUUGCAAACGGCAAGAAAGUUGUGGCAUAAAUUGUGUGAAUAAAAUAGUUUAUUAAAAUUGAUUAAAAUGCUUGAUUCUGAAAAAGAGUGGUUUAUCGAAGCUCCAUGGGGAAGAAUUUGUGUUGUGGCAUGGGGCUCCUGUUUCAACCCACCUAUACUACUGGUACAUGGAGCAGUGGACUCAGCGGCAAGCUGGCGUCCCAUCAUAGAGAGACUCCCUGACCGGUUCUACUACAUUGCUAUGGAACUGCCAGGCAACGCCCAUUCCGACUGGUUCCCACCCGGCGUCAUGAUGUCAGCGCACGACCUGGUGUACUCCAUGGAGGUGGUCCGGAGACACUUCCGCUGGAAGACUUUCGGCUUCAUGGGGCAUUCACUAGGGACGCUUCUAGGUAAACUGUACAAUCUAUCAUACCCUGACAGAAUGUCGUUCGUGGUGGAUUUCGACCCCACACCGGCGUACACAACCAUCCGACCAGACCAGUUCGCAUGGUGGUACCAUUAUUAUUUCACGAUGUAUUACCAGAAGUAUCACAUCUACAACUCGCUGAAGGAGAAUGCUCCGAAAUACACCAGAGAAAAGGCGCUGUCAAUGUUGGAGCUAAAUCGAGGUCUGACAGGUGCCGCAGCGAGCAUGGUGCUUGAAAGGAUAUCUGAGCCAGUAGGGGAGGGUCUUGUCAGAUACAUCUACGACCAGCGGACCAAACAGGUCAUUAUCCCGCCGAACACAUCCGAGCACCUGCGAAAACUGUACACCAACUUCAAAACGCCCACUCUCACAAUAGUCGCCACGGAGUCCCUAGAGCGCGGCAAAUACAAAGCCACCCCGUUCGCGCUUGACGAAACUUGUUACCCACAUAAAAACUAUAGAGUUAUCACAGUGGAUGGGAAACAUGAUGUGCAUGUGAUGCAUCCGGAGAGGAUGGCGGCGUUUGUUGAGCGGUUUUUGUUGUAUGGAGUGAACGGGCUGGAUAGGAAAGCUAAGCUGUGAUAUCUGUUUUUUUUGUUUUUUUUUUGUAUUAGAUGGAAGGAACAAUAUUACACAUUAUAUGCUUGAGGGGGCUUGGUUACUUUUUUUCUGUUUGACAUCUUUUGCAGUUUAUAAUUUAUAUAUGUGACAUUUUCAACCAAAAGGGUACUUAAUGUCGGUUGUCAAUAAGGCACUAUUUCCAUAAAGCUUCAAUUUAAAAUCAACCUUAUCGACAACCGACAAUGUGGUACCUUUUAGUUGGAAACUUCACAUAUGACUAUUAUGACUACUUAAAAAACACAAAUCAAAAUAUUUAUUAAAUUUUUUUGAUUUGUUCCCUAAGUUUUAUAAUUUUUUUGUUUUUCUACUUUUUAUGAGGAUUAAAAAGGAAAUUGUGUCUUUUUUUAAUUAAUUAUUUAAAGUCACAAAAUAAAUAAUAGUACUAGAUACAGAAGAUUCACUCUCUAACAAAACGCGUCUAUUACGACAGAUAUGACCGCUAGGUGGCGCAAGCGCGAGCAGGCGUCCGUUCCGUAGCGGUGCGCGGCAACUACUAUGGCUAGACACCAAAAUUGGUGCGGGCCGCAUGUACUUGUAGCGACGCGACGAAAUCGCGGAGUGAGCCACGCCUGAUAAAGUACAAAACCAUUAUGGUCUUGAAUUAAUUUUUAAACUUAUGUUAUGUGGUAGGGACGGAAAGAUGUAGUUUUAGAAAGAACUUUGGUAAUUGGUACAUUCCAAAGUAACUUACAUUAAAAAAAAUACAAUAAAUAGCCGCCAGGUAGGCGCCACUGUCGCGCACACAGCCAGGAACUAUUGAAAAUCAUAAUUUGUGCCAUUUUUAAACCUAAAGGGUAUUGUCGGUUGUCAAUAAGGCGCUAUUUCCAUAUAGCUUCAAUUCGAAAUCAACCUUAUCGACAAGCGCCAAUGUGGUACCUUUUGGUUGAAAACGUCACAUUUAGGGCAUGUGGGCAUUAAGGUUUUCAGUGAAAAUAUUUAAAAUUGUGACAUUGUGACUGCAAUUUUUGUAUUAUUUAUGGUGGAAGAAAUACAUUUAUUACUUUGUU